AUGUACACCUGGCACCUAAUACCGUGCGUCGAUCCUGACGGAACUCGGCUGAAUGAGGGCUGGUUCGCGGGUCCGUUCACCAUUCGUAAUUACGCACGAUAUUUUUACCGACCUCGCACCGAAGAGCAAGUCGAAUGGACCUUUCCGAUCGUAUAUAAAAGGUACAGGUGGGACACACCAUCGAAUGAAACGCAAGCGCUGAUGAACGCCAUUCAGCUUGUUCAGCCAGAUUUCGUCUAUGGCUUGCAUAAUUCUGGAUUUGGCGGCAUGUAUUAUUACAUUAGCCGAAACUUGUCUGCUGUCUUCCCUGAACUGGAACUGCUACCAGACUCUCUCGGUAUCCUUCUUUCCAAAGGUGAAGCCGAAGCUCCCUGGUUAACCCAAUUUGCACCUGCCAUCUUCACUCCAUUAAGUCUACGCGAUGCUUACGACUAUUAUGAGAAGUAUACGCAAAUCGAUCCUGUGACGAUGAUGAGUGGCGGUGGUACCAGUUACGACUAUCUCCGAGAGAUCGACUUGAACAGCACUAUUUUUCUUAUGGCGGAGGUUCCUUAUUUUGAAUCACCCGCCGUAGCAAACGACACAAUCAUCCCAAACUUAACACGACGUGACGUACUCCUUCAAGGUCUUGACAAGGAUGAUGAAAGUAAUGCGAUUCUAAUGGACUUGCUUGACAGGAUUAAGACUGCGAUGACGCUCGACUCGGCUUUCUAUCGUGCAUCUCGUUCGCUUCUGGAGCUUUAUAAUACAAGCGCCGCUAGUCGCCGUGAGGCCGUACUCAACGAUAAUUCGACUCUUGUACCUGCCACAGUUGCUAAACGAGCUGACGCCCUCUAUAUUUCGGUUUUCUACAAAAUGCUUAUUGCUAGCAUGCUAGAUCGCGCGCUCAUAUUGCAACUCAACCUUACAUCAGUGGACACCAAGUUGCUUAAAGAGACUCAAGUUGACCUUGAAGAUCAUCUUGAUCGUUGGAUUAGCGAUAUUGAGCAAAAUUUACCAUACACACCGAUUCGUAUUCGUACCCUUGUACAAGCUCAGCUUGGAACGAUGCUGGCAGUACUCCCACAGGUCGGAUCAGUCAUGGAUAACUUUGUCCAGAUUCGUAAAAAUAUUUGA